CUUCCAUGUCUAUGCAACCAAUCAACCAAGGGAAGCAAAUGCACAUGGCCAGCAGCUCCGGCCACCGCUCUCCACGGCGCGCCGCCGCGACGGCGCUGCUCCUCGCCACCGCCGGCCUCCUCCUCCUGGCGCCGCCACUGGCACACGGGUCGUCGUCGCCUGAGCAGCAGCAGCAGAAUGCCGACCGCAUCCUGGGGCUGCCGGGGCAGCCCAACGGUGUGGCGUUCGACAUGUACGGCGGCUACGUCACCGUCGACGAGCAGGCCGGCCGCGCGCUCUACUACUGGUUCCAGGAGGCCGACCAGCCGGAGGCAGCGCCGCUCCUCCUGUGGCUGAACGGCGGGCCCGGGUGCUCCUCCAUCGGUGGCGGCGCGCUGGAGGAGCUCGGCGCCUUUCGCGUCCACACCGACGGCCAGACGCUCCUGCUCAACGAGUACGCAUGGAACAAAGCGGCGAACGUGCUCUUCUUGGAGUCGCCGGCCGGCGUGGGGUUCUCUUACAGCAACACCAGCUCCGACCUCGUCGUCGGCGACGACAGAACGGCUCAGGACGCGUACAUUUUCCUGGUGAAAUGGUUCGAGAGAUUUCCUCAGUACAAGUACCGUGAUUUCUACAUUGCGGGAGAGAGCUACGCAGGUCACUAUGUUCCACAGCUGUCCCAGCUUGUGUACAAGAACAACAUCGGUGUAGAGAAGCCUGAUAUCAACUUCAAAGGAUUCAUGGUCGGAAACGGCGUGACCGACGACCGCAUCGACACUAUCGGCAUGUUCGAGUACUGGUGGCACCAUGGCCUCAUCUCCGACGAGACCCUAGACAGCGGGCUGAAGGUUUGCCUGGACAAUAGCACCUUGACCAAGCCCUCGCCGGAGUGCCAGAAGGUCAUGGACAAGGUCGCCGAGGAGCAAGGCAACAUCGACGUCUACAGCAUCUACACGCCACCGUGCGACAAGGGGACCCCAUAUGCGCACAGGCGCCGCCGUACAUUGAUGCUGCCUCCGUACGACCCGUGCACAUCCUUCUACUCGACCAACUACCUGAACAUCCCCGAGGUGCAGAGGGCCAUGCAUGCCAACGUCAGCGGCAACAAGGGCCCAUGGAUUAUGUGCAACUUGGCCAUAUACGAUAACUGGACAACAGACACAAUCAUUUCCAUGCUACCCAUCUACAAGGAGCUCAUUGCAGCUGGCCUCAAGGUCUGGGUCUUCAGUGGCGACACCGACACUGCGGUGCCGCUGAGCUCGACCAGGCGCUCCCUUGCUGCCCUGGGCCUUCCUGUUAAGACCAGCUGGUACCCCUGGUACAUUGUCCCAACCGAGGUUGCUGGCUGGAGCAUGGAGUAUGAAGGCCUGACCUUCGUCACCGUCCGCGGCGCCGGGCACGAGGUUCCACUGCACCGCCCGGAGCAGGCGCUCGUCCUGUUCCAGCACUUCCUGCAGGGCGAACCGAUGCCGGCCGAGGCGAAAAAUGGCAGCGUCAUCCUCCUUCCUAGUGAGAAGGCGGCCUCCUACUGAGCACGGAAGCACCUGACGCUUGUGCUUGACGACGACACGACUCCACUACGAAUAAAAGCUGCUGUUGAUCUGGAUGUUGAGAAUGAUAAAAGCUGGAGUACCUUGUUUCUUCAAAAAGCUAUGAAUAAUGUGUAAACCGUUGGCUUGGCCAUGGGUCUCUGUUGUUUUUCUCCUGAAAAGCCUUAUAUAAAAUUAUGAAUAAUGCAUGUUUUGACUGUGCCGAGUUCAGCCA